GUUAGUGAGCUGUUGCGCUCUGACUUGCAAAGCGAUAAGCAACAGAGCGGCGAGUAGUCGAGCGGAGGAGGAGAGGAAGAUCACAGCGGGGCGGCAGCUUUAGAGCAACCUGACACAGAUAUAGGAAGAAUAUGCAGAGCUGCGUGCCACUUUCCCGACCGCUUUGCCUCCUGUUUCGUAAUCCCCGGCUCUCCAACUUUGCCCCGGCGGGAGGUAUGUGAUCGACUGGGUCCGAUAUGAACGAAAGCGGAGUUGGAAGUCUGGCUCCAGAGUCAUGUCAGCAGCAGAUGAUGGCGGAAGACAACAGCGGGAACUGUAGCGGCAGUUCCAGCGGAAACCUGUCGCUGCAUUGCUGGUUGCAGCUGCUCACCAGGGAAUCGGGAUCGGAAUUCCAAGGAGACACCUCCAGCCUUGUGGUCCGGGUGAUGAUCGCCUGCGUCUACUCGGUGGUGUGUGCGUUGGGGCUGGUGGGCAACGUACUGGCGCUGUGUCUGCUGCACUCACGUUACAGGCAGAAACAAUCGUCCAUCAACUGCUUCGUGAUGGGGCUGGCCAUCACCGACCUGCAGUUUGUGCUGACUCUGCCCUUCUGGGCUGUGGACACGGCGUUGGACUUCCGUUGGCCGUUCGGCAGAGUCAUGUGUAAGAUCGUCAGCUCGGUGACGACCAUGAACAUGUACGCCAGCGUUUUCUUCCUCACCGCCAUGAGCGUGGCGCGUUAUUAUUCUAUCUCCUCGGCGCUCAAGAUGCACAGCAGGAGGGCGGCGGCCACACGGGCUAAGUGGACCUGUCUGGGGAUCUGGGCCGUGUCUCUGUUGGUCACGUUGCCUCACGCCAUCUACUCCACCACCGCCCAAGUGUCAGACGAGGAACUUUGCCUAGUGCGUUUCCCGGAAACGGCCAACUGGGACCCGCAGCUUCUUUUGGGCUUGUACCACCUUCAAAAAGUCCUGCUUGGCUUCCUCAUCCCUCUCAUCAUCAUCAGCGUCUGCUACCUACUACUUCUACGCCUCGUCCUCAGCCGGCGCAUUUCCGGCGCCGCCAAUCCGGAGGUGGAACAAGGCCGACAAAACCGUCGCUCCAAAGUCACCAAAUCCAUCGUGAUUGUGGUUCUGUCCUUCUUUCUGUGCUGGCUUCCCAAUCAGGCUCUGACACUGUGGGGGGUGCUCAUCAAGUUUGACCUGGUGCCCUUCAGCAAAGCUUUCUACAACGUCCAAGCCUACGCUUUCCCGCUGACUGUGUGCCUGGCGCACACCAACAGUUGCCUCAAUCCGGUGCUCUACUGCCUGAUCCGCCGCGAGUUCCGGGCAGGUCUCAAGGAGCUUGUCCUCCGCACCACGCCAUCCUUCAGGGGUCUGACUCAUCUGCUGCGACGCAAAGGCAAAGUGGCAGAGGCGCCGCCCGUCAUGGUGCUGGUGCAAAUGGAUGUGUGAGCAGCAGACAGAUGGACGGACGGACGGACGGAUUAGAUGGCUCGGAGACAGUUUUCCAAGUGGAGGAAGCGGCUGUCAGUGGCCUCACCCAAAUCCCAUCAAGGCAUCAAAUGCCAACUCCUUCAUUUAUAUUCUGCUUUUGUGAGAAUAACAAUCAUGCAGCGACGCAGCGAGACAUGGCCCACUUUCCCCUUUGCCGCGUUAUGUAAUCACAAAUACUUUUUCUCACCAUUUGUCUCUUUGUGGUAGACCCUGAUUGUGAUGCCCCUCCCCUCCUCCUCGCCCCUCUCCUGGAAUGUAAUCAUGAAUAUGUAUCAAUGUCAAUCAUGAAUGAGUUUUUGAGAGCUGAAGCACUUAGCUGCUCAUCUGGGAUGAGCUCGAGGGUUGCGACGUGUAAUCCUUAUUUAACAUUUGCGAACGAGGAGCGGCGAGGUAUCAAAUUUAUAUUCACGGAAAAAUCCCUCCGGCUUCGGAUGAGGAGUCAGUGAUUCGUACAACGGAAGUUUGUUUUGCUUUUUUUAAUUGCAGUGUUUGCUCUUUUGUCUGUUGGUGUGCGUUGUUCAUGUUGUGAAAAUCGCUUACAAGUUAUUAAAAGAAGCUUACUAGAUUUAAGAACAAAGGCAGUGAAGUGAAAUUGUGAUGUCAAUGGACCUCAUUCACACCGCACGUGUAGUUUGUUUAGUUUGUAGUCGGAACAAAAAAAGUUAACAGGAGUCGUGAGCAGUUUUUAAACAUUGCUAUAAAAUACAAUAUAGAUGAAU